ACAAAGUUACUUGGGUCGAGGGAUGCCGCGCAAUCUGGGGGCGGCAGCCGCAAGACCUGCGCGCCAUGAGAAUGUUGGCGUCAAGACUGUCCCCAGUGUUCGCGAAACCGUCGAGACUUGCGCUUGGCUGGGCGAGGCCCUGACCAGAGACCUGCAGCAAGACAUGGAGUCGAACGAUGCACAGGGACAAGCGCUUCGAGAGGCGGACAUUGACCUGUCAUCUUUGCGCAUCCUCCCCAACCGUGAGCUUCUGCACUCGAAGAUCCGGGAGGCCCUGACCUGCUGGGACAAGGCAAGACAGAAUCGCACCAUGAUGGCCGGAUCUGACGACAUGUACCUCGAUUACGACAUCGACGAAACGACGGUGCCGCCUGAGCCUCCACAGGGGGUCAGCGACGUGCAACUCUACCAGUACUACGUGCAGCGAAUCAUGUCCGCGGUGCCCCGGGCGCACUCCCUCAAGGGCCGAACUACGGAGGGGCCCAUUCCUCUCAGGAUUUGCCGGUGA